AUGAGUCUGAAAGAGGCCAUCAAAUUGAAAGCACAGGUAUUUGGCAGACAAUCAUCAGACGAACCCAUGGAUUGUAUGGAGUAUUACAUUACGUGUGAAAUACUAUUAGAAGUGUUAGAAUGUGUCCGAUGUUUACAUGAAUUUAAUCCACCGGUCAUUCAUCGCGACCUCAAACCCGACAACAUAUUGAUAGCCAACGACAUCAUAAACGGACGGUUCGUUAAGUUAUGUGAUUUGGGAUUAAUAACAGUUCACGAAAUGGUAUCACAGAGUCAUACGUCAGGUGUGGGAAGUCCUAAAUAUAUGGCACCCGAAGUCAUAAGUGGUCGCAAAUAUGACACCAAAGCUGAUGUCAUAGUAUUAGUGUUAUUAUUGAAGAGUUGUUCGAUACGGAUGUCAAUGAGUUUGUAUUAA